CCUUGGGUGAUUUCACCCAACAACUGUUUUGAAAAACAGCAAGCAGGGGACUUCCCUGGUGGUCCAGUGGUUAAGAAUCCACCUUCCAGGGCUUCCCUGGUGGCGCAGUGGUUGAGAGUCCGCCUGCCAAUGUAGGGGACACGGGUUCGUGCCCCGGUCCGGGAGGAUCCCACAUGCUGCAGAGCGGCUGGGCCUGUGAGCCAUGGCCUCUGGGCCUGCGCGUCCGGAGCCUGUGCUCCGCAACGGGAGAGGCCAGAACAGUGAGAGGCCCGCAUACCGCAAAAAAAAAAAAAAAAUCUACCUUCCAAUGCAAGGGACAAGGGUUCGAUCCCUGGUCAGGGAACUAAGAUCCCACAUGCCGCGGAGCAACUCAGCCAUUGCUCUGCAGCUACUGAGCCUGUGUGCUCUGGAGCCUGCUCGCCCUAAGGAAGACUGAUCGCAGCCAAAAAAUUUAAAAAUAAAAACCACACACACACACAAAACAGCAAGCAACUAGUAGAUCUGCAGUUUGCCUUUUCUCUAGAGCACCCUGUCCUGGGGCAGCCUUGGACAGGUUAUCAAGCGUGUUUCCUUCCUGGUGGGCUAAAUGCUGAGUGCAGUACCUAUAGUAACUUCACUCUAGCACUUAAGAAUUAAAUGCCCUCUGGACUUCCCUGGUGGCACAGUAGUUAAGAAUCCGCUUGCCAGUGCAGGGGACAGGUUCGAGCCCUGCUCUGGGAAGAUCCCACGUGCCGCGGAGCUACUGAGCCUGUGCUCUAGAGCCUGCCUGCUACAACUACUGAAGCCCACGCUCCCGGAGCCCAUGCUGUGCAGCAAGCGAAGCCACCACAACGAGAAGCCCACGCACUGCAAAGUAGAGUAGCCCCCGCUCGCCACAACUAGAGAAAGCCCGCGCAGCAGCGAGGACCCAACGCAGCCAAAAAUAAAUUUAUAUUUAAAAAAAAUGCCCUCUGACCCACUAGAAGCUGAAAGUCUUCCGCUGCAAGAUAAUUUCUGGUACGUAGAAACAAUUGAAAGAACAUUGUGCUGAAACUACGGGGGAAUUAGAGGGCCUUGUAAAAAAUUGUAUCUUUUAUGUGACUGAGGAUGGGUGGAUCUCAGGCCACUUCCGUCUCUAGUUGCUGUUCCGUCUCACAGAAUUCCUCAUAAGAAUUUUCUAUACGAGCUUUUCCAUUUUUUACUGUUCAGGCACUCCAGUCAGGCUUGCCAUGCCAUUGAAACUGCUUGCUCGUCAGGGUCAGCAAUGAUGACCUAGUUGGGGUCCAAUCCUCUGCCUGCUUGACCUUCAGUAUCAUUGGACAGGGUUGGCUAUUCCUUUUUGAGCCACUUUCUUAGCCUCCCUGCUGCAGCCGUGUGCUGCCUUGCCUCUCCAGUCUCUUGCUGGUUCCUCCGCAUCUUUUCCUGUGGUUUUGUUCUUGUGUGUCUCUACGUCCCCAUUUGAGACCAUCUACAUUUCAUGGCUUUGAUACCAUCUAUAUUGAAGACCCAAAUUUGUAUCUCCAGCUGUCCUGAACUCUAGAAUUCUCAGAUUGUUUAUUUGAUAUUUUCAUUCAGUUAUCUGGUAAGCAUCUCGAUCCUAAUAUGUCCCAAACUAUACCUGGUUUUGUUAGGACUUUACUCCUGGUAUUGCUAAGUGUAUCCAGACCACGGUCAGCAGUGUCCUUGACUUCUACCCACUGGAUGCCAGUAGUACCCUGUCAGUUGUGACAACCAAAAAUGUCCCCAGACGUGGUCAAAUGUCCCCUGGGGAUCAAAACCACCCAGUUGACAACUACUGUUAAAACAACAACAAAAUUAUUGAAAGUACCACACGAUCCCUGGAACAUUCUAGGUACUCAAAAAUUGUGUCCUAAUUUUCCAAAAUUUGGUUCUCCUUCUCUCACCCUAAUCAUCCUUGAUUAUAUGUCUAAUAAUAGCUCUUAUUUGUUGGUAUAGGAUAUACUCUGAAGUCUCAGUGGCUUAAUACAACAAAGAUUUCUUACAAUGUUUGAUACAUGUUGGGUGACCAAGGCAGCUGUUCUCCAUGUGGUGAGGCAGUGAUUCAGAUCACCUCCACUUUGUGGUUCUACCAUUUUAGCACAUGGUUCCCAUGAUUCCAGAGGCAAGGGAAGAAAAAGUUGGCAAACGUGCACCAGCUCGUCUGUGCUUACGUCCUGAAAUGAAUGACACUUGUUCUCAGCUCAUUGACCCUCGUGCAUCACGUGAGCCAACCUGACUGCAAGGGAGGCUAAGAGAUGAGGCAGAUCCUGUGGUUAUUUGGCAGGCGAAGCUGAGCUGGCUGCUCCAGGAUGCACCACAGCUCUGAGAAGGGGAAGCAGAAAUCCUGCUGGCUCUGCUAUGGCGUGUGAACCGCAGAUGGACCCCGGCGGGGCGGCUGGCCCCUUGCCCACCUCCUCCCCUGGGUGGAGCGCCCUGCCUGGCGGGAGCCCUCCUGGCUGGGGGCAAGAGCUCCACAACGGCCAGGUCCUCACAGUUCUCCGGAUUGACAAUACCUGUGCACCCAUCUCCUUCGAUCUGGGAGCCGCCGAAGAACAACUGCAGACCUGGGGCAUUCAGGUCCCGGCUGAGCAGUACAGGAGCCUGGCUGAGAGUGCCCUCCUGGAGCCCCAAGUGAGAAGAUACAUCAUCUACAACUCGAGGCCUAUGCGGCUGGCCUUCACUGUGGUGUUCUACGUGGUGGUAUGGGCCAACAUCUACUCCACCAGCCAGAUGUUCGCCCUGGGGAACCACUGGGUGGGUGUGCUGCUCGUGACCCUGGCUGCCAUGAGCCUGACCCUGACUCUUGUGCUCAUUUUCGAGAGACACCAGAGGAAGGCCAACGCCAACACGGAUCUGAGGCUGGCGGCUGCCAACGGAGCCCUCCUGAGACACCGGGUGCUGUUGGGGGUGACAGACACGGUGGAAGGCUGCCAGAGUGUGAUUCAGCUCUGGUUCGUCUACUUCGACCUGGAGACCUGUGUGCAGUUUUUGUCCGACCAUGUUCGAGAAAUGAAGACGAGCCAAGAGUCCUUGCUGAGAAGCAGAUUGAGCCAGCUGUGUGUUGUCAUGGAGACUGGGGUGAGCCCCACGGUGGCCGAGGGGCCGGAGAACCUGCUGGAGGAAGCUCCUCUCCUGCCCAGCAGUCCUCGUCCCACGGAGAGGCCACUCAUGCAGACCGAGCUUCGCCAGCUUAUUCCUGAGGCUGAGCCGGAGGAAAUGGCCCAGCAGCUGCUGGCAGUGUUUGGUGGCUACUACAUCCGGCUCCUGGUGACCUCUCAGCUCCCCCAGGCAUUGGGCACACGACACACAGACUCUCCAAGGAUUCCAUGCCCCUGCCAGCUCAUAGAAGCCCACAUCCUGGGCACAGGGUGCUGCCCAUUCCUGGCCAGGUGACCUAGGGACGAAGGUACUCAUCUUCUUCCAAGGCUGAAGGUGAGAAGUCAGGGAGGCCUCAGGAGCCCAGGGUGGCCGACGGUGAGCCCUAGGCGAGGAGAGCAGCAUCUGGGGGCACUCUGAGGCUGUCAGUCGUGUCAGCACUGCGAAUAUUGUGCUCACUCCAGGACCCUGCACGAGAAUGGCUUGUCAACGUCCCACACUGACCCCUGGCCUUUGCAGAAGCCGAUGGUCCCACUCUGAGGUACUUUCUGUGCUGCUUAGAACUCGGCAUGGAUGAAAGGGCCACCUGCACAUCCCUUUCAUUGUCUGGAGAGCCCAGGAAAUGUGAAGAUGACAAGACUGGACUGAAUGUGUGUCCAAAGCUUGGUCUCGGGUGAUGCUUCUGUCCCCACCCCCUUCUUGUCAGAUGGAGACUCAGGGAGGACACUGCUCUUUGUGGCAUCGCCUUGGGCCCCUUAGAUUAUAAGAAGCCUCUUCCCAAUCUGAAGUGAAGAAGUAAAUUCUGAGAAUGUUCUCCAUCUUUAAGUUGUUUCUUUCCUACAUUUUCUGAAAAAAGAUGGCGCUUGGGCUUGUAUGCUAGCACACAGGCCUUGAGGAGUAGGAAACAGACGGCCUGUAACUGCUAAUGGGAAUAUUUGGAAGAGACUGAUCCUGUCUGAUUGGAGGACAUAUUUUGUUCACAGCAUGCUUGCUUGUGGGAUGGUUUCAUACUGCAGACGGAGAAUGGCCGUGUGUUCCCUGACACUAACACUGUCCUGGAGUGAAGCGUAAUCUGUCACUUGUGGAAUUCCAUGAAGAGCUCAGAGGCUGCCAGGUGCUCUGCUUCUGAACAAGUUUGAAGACCUGUUGUUCCCUAGGCCCAAAUCCAAAAGCCCUAGCCUGGCAUUUAAAGGCUCCCCAGCACCUAAGACCUGGCCUUCAUCUGCAAUUUUGGCUUCAUCGCCCAUAAAAAUCCUUCGUAGGUUGAAACUCUUUUCCUGGACUGACAUACCUGUUCCUUUGUAUGUGCUGGACUCCUAUGCAUGCUUUUGUAAAAAAAAAUUUUUUUUAAUUGAGGUAUGGUUGACGUAAGAUAUAUACAAGGUUCAGGUGUACAACAUAGUGAUUCACCAUUUUUAAAUGUUAUACUCCACUUAUAGUUAUUAUAAAAUAUUGACUGUA